UUGUUUUCAUUUUAUACCUCUUUAUUCUGCAUUAUUCUUUAUAAACCAUCCCCAGAAGCAGUGCUGGAAAAUGUAUGUUCUAGAACUUUGUGUCCCUGGAAUAUUAUUUAUACUUUUCGUUUGCAUCCUGUAUUAAACGUUUGCACACCUUAGGGAGCCACACGUCCUCCAACAUUACCUUUAUCUACUGGUUGCCAUGUACAGUACACACAUACAGAUCAGAUUCACUGGGAGAGAGAAAUCACAGCUUGGUGACCAGGGGGAACAGCUGUGAGACCCCGGACGCUGCAACCUGAAGCCUGCGUGCCUUUAACAGGUUAAGGAGCUGAAACCAAAGCUAUUCCCUUCCACGGCUUCUCUCGUGCCCAUUCCUGCUCCUGCCUGACGGAAUGGCAUCAACGGAUCUCAAAGACGAGCUGAACUGCUCCAUCUGCCUCAAUAUAUACACAGAACCAGCAACACUGAGGUGCGGCCACAGCUUCUGCCUGCUCUGUAUAAGAUCCGUGCUGGAGGCCCAGGAGGGGACUGGAGUUUAUACGUGUCCUGAAUGCAGAGCAGAGUACCAAAAGCGCCCUGCGUUGCGCAGGAACAUGAAGCUGUGUAACAUUGUGGAGCAUUUCCGAUCUACUCAACCAGAGAGGAAGGUGGCCGGGAUCUUCUGUACAUACUGCGUCCACUCCUCUGUCCCCGCGGUCAAGACCUGCCUGAUGUGUGAGGCUUCUCUGUGUGAGGUUCACCUGAGUGUGCACAGUAAGUCCACGGACCACGUCCUCACGGAGCCCACCAGUUCCAUGGACAGCAGUAAAUGCGGCACCCACAGCGAGAUCCUGAAGUAUUACUGCUGCAAGGACACUGCCUGUAUCUGUGUGUCGUGUUGCGUGUUUGGGGACCACCGGGGGCACCAGGUGGAACUUCUGAAGGAGGCAUCUGAGAAGAAGAAAGAGAAACUGAGGCACAUUCUGGAGAAACUGACCUCAAAGCGAGAAGAGACUGAAAAGAGUGUCCAGGGCCUGCAGGAUCACCGGAGAGACAUUCAGGAGAAAGCGGCUGGCCUCACAGCAAAGGUCACUGCCCUGUUUAUAGACCUCAGGGAGCAGCUCAAGGCUCUAGAGGAACGAAUCCUGAGUGACAUCUCCAGGCAGAGAGAUAAAGUGUCGCUCUCCGUCUCCGAUCUGAUCCAGCAUUUGGAAAUAAAGAAGGACGAGCUUUCCCGGAGUAUGUGCUACAUCACGGAACUGUGCAAAGUGACGGACCCACUAGUUGUCUUGCAAGAACGGGAAGCCGCCAGGGCUGACACUGAGGGCGGACCCAACAGGAAGGCCCACACUGUGGAUAACCUGGAUGACGUCUCCAUCUCUCUGACUUUACACACAGCCCUAUCUGACAUUGUAUCUAGUGUAAAACGAGGGUUCCAUGUGCAGGACCUAUUACUGGAUGUGAACACCGCCGCCGUUGAUGUGUCCGUAUCGGGGGACUUGAAAAGUGCAUCGUGGUCUAAAACCCCAAUUUGGCCAAAAACCCAACAGAGAUUUAAAAAUUAUUGUCAGGUUUUGAGUUUUCAGAGAUUUAACUCUGGACAAAACUACUGGGAAUUGGAGACCAGUGAACUUGGUAACUGGAGAGUCGGGGUGGCCUAUGCCAGCAUUGACCGAAAGGGGGAUUUGUCGGGCGUUGGGCAGAGUAACAAGUCCUGGUGCCUACGCUUGUGUCAGAAAGAAUACUUGGUGUCUCACAGGGCAAAAGAAAUCAAGUUACAACCAGAAUCUCCCCUGCAGAGAAUAGGAGUCUACCUGGACUACGAGGCUGGGCGUCUGUCCUUCUAUCAGCUGUGUGACCCCAUCAGACACUUACACACCUUCUCCGCCUCCUUCUCCGAGCCCCUUCAUGCCGUGUUUUUGGUGUGGAAGGAUGGCUGGCUGAGAAUCAGGAGCUAGGUCUGCUGGCCACAGCCAGUCGGAGAGUAUGCUAAGGAUUAUUUAAAGAACACCUUCCUGUCACUCACAAUGGAGGCCGUCAUUUUGUGGGCCGUGACAGUAUUUAUGUGUGCACUGGGGACUUCACUGGUUCUUAGUAAAUGAAUACGCUGCAUUUUUCCUGAUUAUAGUCCCACAAAGACUACAUCCACCUUUGAAUCAGCCCCAGUGUCCUCACAAAAUGUCCGCCUCCAUUGUGUUCCGGCAUCAGGUACACCGCAACUAACAUAAGUUCAGUUACUUGCAAAAGCUGUCCACGGUGUGAGGAAAAGGUGAGCUCUUGGCUAGAUUUUAAGCAGCAGUAAAUUUAAAGACAAAACCAGGUUUAUUUUUGAAUUUUUUUUAAAUUAUUGCUGCUUUAAAUCUAUGGGCUAAAUCACCAGAGCUGCGCCGGUUCACACAACUUGCAUAAGAGCCACUGCGUCAGAGAGCGGUCAUGUCACAGACUAUGCUUUAGGCAUGUUCGUUAAAUGAUUCAGGGAUUCAGUAAGGUGUUUGCUUUAUUUGUUCAGAAAACAAAGUUGUUCUUAAAGGGUGGAUUUAACCCUAGUUUGGAAAUAGUUCGGGCUGUGAUAAUAAACAGAAUAAGGCUGUUAUUCUGCUAAAUGUGUUAUUGUUCUUAAUACUACAACCCACAAAAUGGCUGCCGUCACCAGGUGCUGUGGUAAUCUGUGUGAGUUACUCAUUUAUUUCAAUUUGUUUACAUAUUCAGUUUUAUUUUUUGCAGCGUUUCUGCUUGUCUGGAAACAAUACAAUCCGCAAUAUUAUAAAUAGCAAUAUAUAACUUCAAUAAAAUGUAUGUUUGCG